CCCCACCAUGACCGGCUCCGCGGCCGACACUCACCGCUGCCCCCACCCCAAAGGCGCCAAAGGCACCCGGUCCCGGAGCAGCCACGCGCGGCCCGUGAGCCUCGCCACCAGCGGGGGCUCGGAGGAGGAGGACAAAGACGGCGGGGUGCUGUUUCACGUUAACAAGAGCGGCUUCCCCAUCGACAGCCACACCUGGGAGCGCAUGUGGAUGCACGUGGCCAAGGUGCACCCCAAGGGGGGAGAAAUGGUGGGCGCCAUCAGGAACGCCACGUUCUUGGCAAAGCCUUCAGUGCCCCAGGUUCCAAACUACAGGCUGUCGAUGACCAUCCCAGACUGGCUCCAGGCAAUCCAGAACUACAUGAAGACACUACAAUACAAUCAUACAGGGACCCAGUUCUUUGAAAUUAGGAAAAUGAGACCGCUGAGUGGGUUAAUGGAAACAGCAAAAGAAAUGACUCGGGAGUCCUUGCCUAUCAAAUGCCUUGAAGCUGUCAUCCUGGGCAUAUACUUAACCAAUGGACAGCCUUCCAUCGAACGAUUCCCCAUCAGCUUUAAAACCUACUUCUCAGGAAACUACUUUCACCAUGUUGUGCUGGGGAUUUAUUGCAAUGGCCGCUAUGGCUCACUGGGCAUGAGCCGAAGGGCUGAGCUGAUGGACAAGCCGUUGACCUUUCGGACUUUGAGUGACCUCAUCUUUGACUUUGAAGACUCCUACAAGAAGUACCUGCACACAGUCAAGAAGGUCAAGAUUGGGCUGUAUGUCCCCCAUGAGCCUCAUAGCUUUCAGCCCAUUGAGUGGAAGCAGCUGGUCCUCAAUGUCUCAAAGAUGUUGAGGGCUGACAUAAGGAAGGAGCUGGAGAAAUAUGCCAGGGACAUGAGAAUGAAGAUCCUGAAACCUGCAAGUGCCCAUUCUCCAACCCAAGUGAGAAGUCGGGGGAAAUCCCUGUCCCCCAGAAGGAGACAGGCAAGCCCCCCAAGACGGCUCGGCAGGAGAGACAAGUCGCCUGCACUGCCUGAGAAGAAGGUGGCUGACCUCGGCACGCUGAAUGAAGUGGGCUACCAAAUCCGAAUUUAGGCAAGCCAUAUCAGCCAACAAGGGGGCUUCUCUGGUGCUUCUCUCUGCACUUUACCCCAGCAUCUUCAGGAGGAACUGCAACUAUUUAUGGAGAACCUGUGGAUUUUAUUUUUACGGAUUCACUUGGAUGUGGAAGCGGAGUGGGUGGCAACAAUUGACUUUGAAAGAAAAUUCACGAAGGGGCAACCAUGGAAAGGCUGAAGUAAGAAAGCCCACUGCGGUUGGACUGACUCCCUCACUACAGAUAGAAAGGGUAAUACCAUAAACUGUAGUUUUAUGUUUUCCCACUCACCUGUUUUUGUUGACUUGCUUUUGAACAUUAUGCCUCACCGGUAGGAAAUGUUAAUGAAACCCUCCCUCCUACUUUUGAUAUAGUAAGGUAACUCAGUCAGUAUUAAUGUCUUUUUCAGCAAUAACAGAGGCAAAGAUUGGUGGGAUUUUUUUUUUUUAAGCAGUCAAUAUUACCUCAGCAUCUUGACAUCAGAUAUGCAAACUUAAUGGUGUUUUCAUUUUUUUUAUAUUCUAUUUGUAUUGCUUCCCCGAUAUUUCCAAUGGGGAUCUCCACAAAGUUUGGAAUUUUUUCCUGGUGCGCACAUAAUGAGAUUUAAGGUAUUAUAUCAAGUGUUUUACUAAAAAAAAAAAAGCACUGAAAUUCUUCUGGCAGUACGGGAAACUAUUUUCAGGAUGUUGGAACUACUUCUUAAUCUUUCUUAAAGCAUUCAUGGACAGCAGUUUCUGUUCUUUCAAAACAAAACAAAAAGCACGUGCAGGAGGUAGUCUAUGUUCUGUCACUGACAUUUAAACUUUGCAAACUCCAGCAAAAAAGAAAAAAAAAAAAAAGCACAAGAGGUCAUAGCGCCGCGACACAAAGUGAGCAUUACUGCAGCGACAUCUGACAGUCACACACUCAGAAAGGCAGAGGCCCGCAGUGGAUCAGUAGAGAGCCUGGAGAAGCAGAUAACCUUUCUCUUCAACGCUCCAUCUGAUUUUUGAACUCUGAGUCAGACCUUGAUUCUGAAGGACUCACGGCUGGUAGAGACGUGUUCCGAUGUCUUAUAUUAAGACCAAGCGUGGCACGAUGUGAUCAUUUUCCAGUACCUUGCUUUUUAAAGUACCACUUCGUGACAUUUAGGAACUAGCAAUUGGAAAAUGCAGUGAAUGAGAGAAGCAGAACCUUUUUUAAAAUGGAAAAGUCUCUCAGGUACAGGGUUACACCUCAUAGCCUGAUGUAGUCCAUCAAGGGCAGUAGGAGCAUGUGGCCUGCAUAUGGUGGGCACAGUGGAACUUCCGGUUGCGGGCCACACAGAAGAACUCUAACAGCCAAAUCUGUGUUAGCAAUAUCAGGAGUAUGCUUCUGUUGCAUCUAUGUUUUCUCAGCCGCCAUGCCAACUCGUGAGGCCCACAGGCGUAUUUAAGUGAAGUCUACUAGUCAAUGAAAGUGUUAUGUUAGUCUCAGUGCUUCCUCUCUGGCUUUCUUUCACUGAAGGGGAUUUCAGAAAGGGAGUAAAAAAAGUAAGAAUCUGCUUGAUUCUUGACCAAUAAAACCACCGAAGGUGACUUUGUCCUUUGGCCACGUAUGCACGAGCUCGCUUUAUGCUAAAACUCGAUGGCAUCAACGGAAAGUAUUUUCUUGAAAAAGAAGGACGUUUAAUGUCCUUUACAUGAAAAGUACCGAGUAAGCAUACAUCUCAAUUAGGUGAAGAUACAGAAGUUAAAAAUUCUGAACUUGGUCACUUUAAGAAUACUAUUAUCAGAGUUUAAAAUGAGGUUUCUUUAUACGUCUUCAUAAGGCAAACUCAUUUGACUUAGUCAAUUCGUUCUUCUUCUAAAACAAUCCCGACUUAGCUCCUUUUAUGUAUGAAAAACAAGAUUUACAUAUCUUAUGUUUAUCAAUGUGAAAUCUUGUUAUCUCCAAUAAGUAUUUAUACCACUGCACUUAUACCACUGCAGUAUAAGUAGCUUAGAGUAAGGAUUUUCUAAGAGCCUGGAACAGGAUUUUCCAAGUGUUGCUCAAGUGCUGUCCCAUCCAAAAUAGAAAAGGCCAGUAGUUGCAGAGCCUUGUUUCCCACAAAAAUGGGUAAAAGAACAGGAACACAGACCAUUUCUAAUAUUCUGAUGUAUAAGCCUUAAAACUGCCAACUGUCUUGAUGAUUCAAUUAGUAACCUGAUUUUUUUCCACUCCUUGAUUUUAAGAUUCAUUUCCCCAAAGCAAGUGUUCGUGGCAGAAACAGGAAAAUUAAUUUAAAAUGCUCUUAGUUUUCAUUCUAUUUUCAUUGCCUAUGGAAUUAUGUUAAUUUCUAAAAGAUCUGAGACAGGCACCAAACUCCUAAAUUCUAGUGCAAUAAUUUAAUUAAAAUGAUACUAAGGUUAAAAAAAACAACAACAACAAAAAAAAAACCAUGACAUGAUUUACCCCCCAAAAUGGAUUUUAAGACUGGCUAUAAUUCAAAAAAAGGAAAUCUAUGAGAUGAUUUGAAUCUAGUAUUGAAAGUUAUUCAUGCAAGAGAAGUUUUGUGCUCAAGCCAUUAUGGGGAUACAUGGCAAAGUUUAAAUGGAUGACAGAAAUCUUGAUUUUAGACUACAUGCUGUGCUGUUUUGAGUACACUUUAUUUCAGAAAGUGAUAUUUAGUAUUUUCUAUACACUUUGAAAUCAUGAGCAUUUCACUUUUUCUAAGUCAAUUAUUUCAUAAGGAUUUUAUUAAUAGAUAUUGGUAAAUAGAACUUUGGAGAUCUUAAUUCUGUAUUCUUACUAUACCCGAGGCUUUUGUAAGCUAUAGUUUUAUGUACAACCUUGUACAGUUUUUUUGACACACAAUUCAGAAUCUUGUUUAUUCUCCUGGACUUUGUUCUGGCCAAUACAUUUUUUUUAAAUCUUUAAGGAAAACUGUGAUUGUUUUAGUGGGUAUUUUUCUAAGUAAAGGAAAACUUGUAUAAUGGUAUUUUAGAGAAUGCCAGAUAAGUGCAUGUUUCAAGUUAACGUUUUUCUCAUCACUUGUAUGUUUAUACACAGCAUGGGACUUUAAUAAAACCAUCCUGGAAACUGAA